AUGAGCGAUGCCUAUGACUUCGAGGUGGAGAGCGACGAAGAGCAACCGAAGUUUCAAUCUGCGUGUGACAAACGCGCUCAUCAUAAUGCACUGGAGCGAAAGCGCAGGGACCACAUCAAAGAUAGCUUUCAAAGUUUGCGGGACUCUGUCCCAUCACUCCAAGGAGAGAAGGCAUCCCGGGUCCAAAUCUUAGAUAAAGCCACAGAGUACAUCCAGUAUAUGAGAAGGAAAAACCACACACACCAGCAGGAUAUUGAAGACCUCAAGCGGCAGAACGCUCUGCUGGAGCAGCAAGUGCGUGCGCUAGAGAAAGCCAGGCCAAGUGGCCAACUGCCAACCAACUAUUCUUCAGACAACAGCCUCUACACAAGUGCCAAGGGCAGCGCCAUCUCUGCCUUCGACGGGGGCUCAGAUUCCAGCUCUGUGUCAGAGCCUGAAGAACCCCAAAGCAGAAAGAAGCUCCGGAUGGGGGCCAGCUAAACAGAGCAGGCCAGCAAUAAAAAACUGUCUGUCUCCUCCAUCGUCUCCUCUCCCAGUUCAUCGUUA